AUGGGGUCGCAGGUGUUACAGAUACUGCGCCAGGGGGUGUGGGCCUCGCUCACCGGCGGUUGGUUCUUCGACCCGCACCAGAGCACCUUCUCCAACUGCUUCCACCUCUACGUCUGGAUCUUCCUGCUCACCUUCCCCUUCCUGCUGUACAUGGUCCUGCCCCCCAGCUUGGUGGUGGCCGGCGUGUACUGCCUUGUGGUGGCCGUCAUCUUCACCACCAUCAAGACCGUGAACUACCGGCUGCACGCCAUGUUCGACCAGGGCGAGAUUGUGGAGAAGCGCAACUCUACCCUGGGGGAGCAGGAGGAGGAGGCUGCCCAGGGGGACAGCAACCCGCUCAGGGACCCUGGAGUGGAGAUGACAGUGUUUCGGAAAGUGAGCUCCACGCCCCCAGUACGCUGUAGCUCCCAGCAUUCCGUGUUUGGCUUCAACCAGGUCUCGGAGUUGCUUCCCCGGAUGGAGGACUCUGGGCCGCUCAGAGACAUCAAGGAGCUGGUGCGGGAGCAGGGCAGCAACAACGUGAUCGUGACCUCAGCCGAUCGGGAGAUGCUCAGGCUAAGCUCCCAGGAGAAGCUGAUUGGAGACCUUCCCCAGAUGCCCUUGGGGGCUGCCCCAGACCCCUCUCUCCCCAGCACGGAUUCUUCGGAGCGCUCUCCCCUGGCUGGAGGCGGAGCCGCCUGGAGCGGGAGCAGUGUCGCUGACACUCCUAUGAGUCCCCUGCUGAAGGGGAGCCUCAGCCAGGAGCUGAGCAAGAGCUUCCUGACCCUGUCCCGGCCCGACCGGGCCCUGGUGAGGACCAGCAGCCGACGAGAACAGCACCGGGGCGUGGGGGGCUACCAGCCUCUGGACCGGCGGGGCUCGGGGGACCCCAUGACCCAGAAAGCUGGCUCCUCGGACUCCUGCUUCAGUGGCACCGACAGGGAGACGCUGAGCAGCUUUAAGAGCGAGAAGACCAACUCAACCCACCUGGACAGCCCCCCUGGCGGGCACGCCCCCGAGGGCAGCGACACAGACCCGCCCUCCGAGGCGGAGCUGCCCGCCUCGCCGGACGCCGGGGUCCCCUCCGAUGACACGCUGCGCUCCUUUGACACGGUCAUAGGCGCGGGGACACCGCCCGGCCCAGCGGAGCCACUCCUGGUUGUGCGGCCCAAGGACCUGGCCCUGCUCCGGCCUAGCAAACGGCGGCCGCCUGCGCGGAGGCCCUCGCCGCCUGGCCACGCCCCUCGCAGGCCCCUGCUGGAAGGCGGGGGCUUCUUUGAAGACGAAGACAGCAGCGAGGGCAGUGAGCUGAGCCCGGCCUCCAGCCUCCGAUCUCAGCGCCGCUACAGCACCGACAGCUCCUCCUCUUCCUGCUACUCCCCGGAGAGCUCCCGGGGCGCGGCGGGGGGUCCCCGGAAGCGCCGGGCCCCUCAUGGGGCUGAGGAAGGGACCGCUGUGCCCCCCAAGCGGCCCUACGGGACCCAGCGGACGCCUAGUACUGCCAGCGCCAAAACACACGCCCGUGUGCUGAGCAUGGAUGGGGCGGGGGGCGACGUCUUGAGGGCCCCCCUGGCUGGCUCCAAGGCCGAGCUGGAGGCGCAGGCAGGGGUGGAGCUGGCUGCUGGGGAGCCCACUGUGCUGUCCGCUGAGGCCCACCGGGGACCUGCUGCCAACCAGCCUGGUUGGCGGGGGGAGCUGCAGGAGGAAGGCGCCGUGGGCGGAGCAGCUGAGGAGGCCGGAAAGCGGGACCACGCGAGCAACGUGAGGCGGACCCAGGCGAUCCGGAGGCGCCACAACGCGGGCAGUAACCCCACUCCUCCAGCGUCUGUCAUGGGCUCGCCCCCAAGCAGCCUGCACGAGGCACAGCGGGUCCGGGCCUCCUCCCACUCCCGGGCGCUGACGCUGCCCUCCGCCCUGCACUUCGCUUCCUCGCUGCUGCUCACUCGGGCCGGCGCCAACGUGCACGAGGCCUGCACCUUUGACGACACCUCGGAGGGCGCCGUGCACUACUUCUACGAUGAGAGCGGCGUGCGGCGUUCCUACACCUUCGGGCUGGCUGGAGGCGGCUACGAGAACCCCGUAGGGCAGCAGGGCGAUCAGGCAGCCAAUGGGACCUGGGACCGCCACUCACAUUCCUCCAGCUUCCACUCGGCUGACGUCCCCGAGGCGGCCGGCAGCCUGAACCUGCUGCAGCCGAGGCCCGUGGUGCUGCAGGGCAUGCAGGUGCGCCGAGUGCCCCUGGAGAUCCCAGAGUUUGACCUGCUGGACCAGGACUCCCUGCACGAAUCCCAGGAGCAGACACUGAUGGAGGAGGCCCCGCCCCGAGCCCAGCACAGCUACAAGUACUGGCUUUUCCCCGGCCACUGGACGUCCGUGCGCUACGAGCGGCUGGCCCUGCUGGCCCUGCUGGACCGGACCCGGGGGCCGCUGGAGAACGUCCUCGGUGUGGGCCUGAGCAGCCUGGUCGCCUUCCUAGGCUACCUGCUGCUGCUCAAGGGCUUCUUCACCGACAUCUGGGUCUUCCAGUUCUGCCUGGUCAUCGCCUCCUGCCAGUACUCCCUGCUGAAGAGCGUCCAGCCUGACGCGGCGUCGCCCAUGCACGGCCACAACUGGGUGAUCGCAUACAGCCGGCCGGUCUACUUCUGCAUCUGCUGCCUGCUCAUCUGGCUGCUGGACGCCCUCGGCUCGGCCCAGCCCUUCCCGCCCGUCUCGCUCUACGGCCUCACACUCUUCUCCGCCUCCUUCUUCUUCUGUGCCCGCGACGUGGCCACUGUGUUUACCCUGUGCUUCCCCUUCGUCUUUCUCCUGGGCCUCCUGCCCCAAGUCAACACCUGCCUCAUGUACCUGCUGGAGCAGAUAGACAUGCACGGCUUUGGGGGCACAGCCGCCACCAGCCCGCUCACCGCGGUCUUCAGCCUCUCCCGCAGCCUGCUGGCGGCCGCGCUGCUCUACGGCUUCUGCCUCGGGGCCAUCAAGACUCCUUGGCCAGAGCAGCACGUCCCGGUCCUCUUCUCCGUCUUCUGCGGCCUCCUGGUGGCCCUGUCCUACCACCUGAGCCGGCAGAGCAGCGACCCCACCGUGCUCUGGUCCCUGAUCCGGAGCAAGCUCUUCCCCGAGCUGGAGGAGCGGAGCUUGGAGACAGCCCGGGCCGAGCCCCCAGACCCCCUGCCAGACAAGAUGCGCCAGUCCGUGCGCGAGGUCCUGCACUCCGACCUGGUGAUGUGUGUGGUGAUCGCUGUGCUCACCUUCGCCAUCAGCGCCAGCACCGUCUUCAUUGCCCUGAAGUCCGUGCUGGGGUUCGUGCUGUACGCACUGGCCGGGGCCGUGGGCUUCUUCACACAUUACCUGCUGCCGCAGCUCCGCAAGCAGCUGCCCUGGUUCUGCCUGUCGCAGCCGGUGCUGAAGCCGCUGGAGUACAGCCAGUACGAAGUGCGCGGCGCCGCCCAGGUGAUGUGGUUCGAGAAGCUGUAUGCCGGCCUGCAGUGCGUGGAGAAGUACCUCCUGUACCCCGCCGUGGUGCUCAACGCCCUCACCGUGGACGCCCACACGGUGGUCAGCCACCCGGACAAGUUCUGCCUCUACUGCCGGGCGCUGCUGAUGACCGUGGCCGGGCUGAAGUUGCUGCGCUCGGCCUUCUGCUGUCCACCCCAGCAGUACCUGACCCUGGCCUUCACCGUCUUGCUCUUCCACUUCGACUACCCGCGCCUCUCCCAGGGCUUUCUGCUCGACUACUUCCUCAUGUCCCUGCUGUGCAGCAAGCUGUGGGACCUGCUGUACAAGCUGCGCUUUGUGCUGACCUACAUCGCGCCCUGGCAGAUCACCUGGGGCUCGGCUUUCCACGCUUUCGCCCAGCCCUUCGCCGUGCCACACUCGGCCAUGCUGUUCGUCCAGGCCCUGCUCUCGGCGCUCUUCUCCACGCCCCUCAACCCCCUGCUGGGCAGCGCCGUCUUCAUCAUGUCCUACGCGCGGCCCCUCAAGUUCUGGGAGCGCGACUACAACACUAAACGUGUGGAUCAUUCCAACACCCGCCUGGUCACCCAGCUGGACCGGAACCCCGGCGCCGAUGACAACAACCUCAACUCCAUCUUCUACGAGCACCUGACGCGCUCGCUUCAGCACACGCUGUGCGGGGACCUGGUGCUGGGCCGCUGGGGCAACUACGGCCCCGGGGACUGCUUCGUGCUGGCCUCCGACUACCUCAACGCCCUGGUGCACCUCAUCGAGGUCGGCAACGGCCUCGUCACCUUCCAGCUGCGUGGCCUGGAGUUCCGGGGCACGUACUGCCAGCAGCGCGAGGUGGAGGCCAUCACCGAGGGCGUGGAGGAGGACGAGGGCUGCUGCUGCUGCGAGCCCGGCCACCUGCCGCGGGUCCUGUCCUUCAACGCCGCCUUCGGGCAGCGCUGGCUGGCCUGGGAGGUGACAGCCAGCAAGUACGUGCUGGAGGGCUACAGCAUCAGCGACAACAACGCCGCCUCCAUGCUGCAGGUCUUCGACCUCCGCAAGAUCCUCAUCACCUACUACGUGAAGAGCAUCAUCUACUACGUGAGCCGCUCGCCCAAGCUGGAGGCGUGGCUGAGCCACGAGGGCAUCGCGGCGGCGCUGCGGCCCGUCCGGGCGCCCGGCUACGCCGACUCGGACCCCACCUUCUCCCUGAGCGUGGACGAGGACUACGACCUGCGCCUCUCGGGCCUCUCGCUGCCCUCCUUCUGCGCCGUGCACCUGGAGUGGAUCCAGUACUGCGCCUCCCGGCGCAGCCAGCCCGUGGAUCAGGAUUGGAACUCGCCGCUGGUCACUCUGUGCUUCGGCCUCUGCGUGCUGGGCCGCCGGGCCCUGGGGACCGCCUCGCACAGCAUGUCUGCCAGCCUGGAGCCGGAGCUGGGCAGCCCAGGCUCACCUCGGCCCCUCCCCAGCCUGGAGCCCUUCCUGUACGGCCUGCAUGCCCUCUUCAAGGGCGACUUCCGCAUCACCUCCCCGCGGGACGAGUGGGUCUUCGCCGACAUGGACCUGCUGCACCGCGUGGUGGCCCCCGGGGUCCGCAUGGCCCUCAAGCUCCACCAGGACCACUUCACGUCCCCGGACGAGUACGAGGAGCCCGCCGCCCUGUACGACGCCAUCGCCGCCAACGAGGAGCGGCUGGUCAUCUCGCACGAGGGCGACCCGGCCUGGCGCAGUGCCAUCCUGAGCAACACGCCCUCGCUGCUGGCACUGCGCCACGUGCUGGACGACGCCUCCGACGAGUACAAGAUCAUCAUGCUCAACCGGCGCCACCUCAGCUUCCGCGUCAUCAAGGUGAACCGGGAGUGCGUGCGCGGCCUGUGGGCCGGGCAGCAGCAGGAGCUGGUGUUCCUGCGCAACCGCAACCCGGAGCGCGGCAGCAUCCAGAACGCCAAGCAGGCGCUCCGCAACAUGAUCAACUCCUCCUGCGACCAGCCCCUCGGCUACCCCAUCUACGUGUCGCCCCUCACCACCUCCCUGGCGGGCAGCCACCCCCAGCUGCGGGCGCUGUGGGGGGGCCCCGUCAGCCUGGGCGCCAUUGCCCGCUGGCUUCUGCAGAGCUGGGAAAGGCUUCACAAGGGCUGCGGUGCCGGCUGCAAUAGUGGCGGGAACGUAGACGACUCAGACUGUGGCGGAGGCGGCGGCCUGACUGCCCUCAGCAAUAACCCCCCCUUGGCGCACCCCACGCCCGAGAACACGGCAGGCAGUGGCGACCAGCUCCUCCCGCCAGGCGCUGGCUGGGGCCCGAGGCCCUCCCUUAGCAGUUCUGGUGAUGGCCGCCCCCCUCCUCUGCUGCAGUGGCCACCCCCUCGGCUCCCUGGACAGCCCCCCGCUUCACCUGCCCCCACUGAGGGUCCCCGGCCCUCAAGGCCCCCUGGCCCUGGUCUCUAUUCCGAAGGUCCCAGUGGGAAGUGGAGCUUGGGGGGUCGGAAGGGGCUAGGGGGACCCGAGGGGGAGCCAGCCUCAGGGAGCCCCAAAGAAGGCACCCCCAAGUCUCAGGCGCCCCUAGACCUCAGCUUCAGCCUGGACAUCAGCACCGACGCCUCACCCCCCAGAGCAGCCCGGGACGUCCCCUGCUUGGACAGCAGUGCUCCCGAGGGCGGCACACCCCCGGGAGCCCCGGGAGCCUGGCCUGCCCCCUCCGAGGAGCGGGAGAGCCCCGCCGCCCAGCCCCUGCUGGACCAUCAGUACUGAGCGCCCGCGCUGGAUCCCGCCGGACGCAGUCACCUGGACCAUGGCCUCGGCCUCCGCUGGACCACAGGACCAAGGGUUUUGGCUUCCGUCCACGGCUGAACCUGACCUCUGGUCGCCUUAGCCAGAGCGCCAGACUAAGUGGCCCAGAACUCUCACCCUGACCCCUGACUCUCAACCCGAGUCCAGGGCCUGGACUCCCAAACUGAGGCAGGAGCCUCCCAGCCGGGCCCAGAGCCAAACCAUGGGCUGGUCCCGCUUCAGCCUGCGGCCAGGACUGGGCCUCUGGCCGCACUGCCUGCAGGGCCGGGACCGGGCUGAGUGUGGGAAGGGUGGUUUCUGUUCCUUUUUUUCUUCCGUGCUUCGGAGACACCAGAAUUAAUAACACUAUUUU